GUAAAUUGAACACACCUUGUUAAAAAAAAGUCAAACCCUUAUUCUAGUCAAAAUUAUGUAAAAGUUCUCUCUUCCCCCAUCAAUCUCCAUCGUUCCCAUUUCCAGUUCCGCGAUCAACGCAAACCAUUUCGCCAUCACUUUCUGCAUCUCACUCACACUCACUCCAUUUCUCAUACACAUUUUCACCCAUUUUCUCUCUCCUAAAUCCGCCAUGUCCAAACCCCUCCAUUUCUCUCCCUCCUUCUCCUUCUCCUCUUAACCCCCCUUCUCUCUUCUUCCUCCGCCGACAACCCCACCUCCUCUGCCGAUGACGAAGGCGACGACAUAUCGGAGUUCGAAGAACUCCUAGCACUCGACGAACAAGAUGAAAUCGACCAUGGUUCAUCAUCACCAUCUUCAGAAGCUAGAGUAUUGAGCAAAGCUCAGAGAAUUGUGGUAGAAUUGAAUAAUGAUAAUACCCAGAAAGUUAUUGACCAAAAUGAGUUUGUUCUUCUUUUGGGUUAUACCCCUUGGUGCCCUAGAAGUGCUGAAUUAAUGCCCCAAUUUGCUGAAUCUGCUAAUUUUUUGAAUGAUUUGGGUUCCCCCCUUUUGAUGGCUAAGCUUGAUGCUGAAAGGUACCCUAAAACGGCGUCGUCUUUGGGUAUUAAGGGUUACCCUACUCUGCUUCUUUUCAUCAAUGGCACUUCUCAGCAGUAUACUGGUGGAUUUUCUGCGGAGGAGAUAAUGAUUUGGGCAAGGAAGAAGACGGGUGAGCCUGUUGUUAGAUUGAAUUCAGUUGCUGAAGCUGAGGCAUUUGCUAAGAAAUACAGUAUGUAUGUUGUUGGGCUGUUUGAGAAUUUUGAGGGUCCUCAGUAUGAAGAAUAUAUCAAAGCCGCAAUUUCGGACAAUGAAAUUCAGUUUGUUGAAACUAACUCCAAUGAGGUUGCAAAAAUUCUUUUCCCUGAUACCAAGAUCACAAAACCUUUUAUUGGUCUAGUCAAGAGUGAACCAGAAAGAUAUACUAGAUUUGAAGAGCCCCUAGAGAUGGACAAUAUAUUGCAGUUUUUGGAACACAACAAGUUUCCAUUAAUUACAACUCUAACUGAGUUGAAUUCUGUUAAAGUCUACUCAAGCAAAAUUAAAUACCAGGUUUAUGUGUUUGCAGAGUCUGACGAGUUUAAGUCCCUUCAUGUGUCUCUUCAAGAAGUUGCUAAGAAAUUUAAGUCAAUGAUAAUGUUCAUAUAUGUGGACAUUACCGAGGAGAACCUAGCAAAACCUUUCCUGACUCUGCUUGGUCUGGAAGAUUCUCAGAAGACUGUUGUUGCUGCUUUUGAUAGUAAGAUUAGCACAAAGUAUCUGUUGGAAUCAGAACCUACUCCAAGCAAACUAGAUGAUUUCUGCUCUGGACUAUUGGAAGGGACUGUUCCAAUGUAUUAUAAGUCACAGACUAUACCUGAUAAUGAAAAUGCUAGCGUCCACGUUGUAGUGGGAAAGACAUUUGAUGACCUGGUUUUGAGUAGUUCCAAGAAUGUUUUUCUUGAGGUCUACACACCAUGGUGCAUGACUUGUGAUGCUGCAAGCAAGCAAGUAGAGAAGUUGGCGAAACAUUUCAAAGGAUUGAAAAAUCUGUUAUUUGCAAAGAUAGAUGCUUCUGUAAAUGAGCAUCCAAAACUUCAGGUCACUGACUACCCAGCUCUACUGUUUUAUCCAGCGGCUGAUAAAUCGAAUCCAGUAAACGUUGAAUACCUUCAUUUCAUUAUUUCCAUAAUGUUUACCCGAUCCUAUUUUUGGCUGAUUCUCUCUCAUUCUAGAUUAAACUGCAGCCGAAGUCGAGUCUGAAGGAUUUGGGAGCAUUUAUCAAGAAAAAUGUCAAAGCUGAAGAACAUCCAGCUAACGACGAAUUAUAGAAUACCUAACUAUCAGUUUCUCAGUUUCUUCAGACCACCGGAAAUUAGAAAACAAAAUGUUAAAAACCAAAAGAGGAAAGAAGUUUAGAAACCGUGUAUGUAGAUUCAAGGAUGAAAUUAAUGAAGAUAGUUUUGUAACAUAAACCACAGACAUUUUAGACUGAUUUUCCAGUUUUGAGUAUUCAUAAAGAAAAUAGAUGGAAUAUUGAAUUCGAUUCCAUGUAAAAUGGUCCAUCACCCAUUAUUUAAGGGGUUGACGGAUCAAUACUCAAUACCAAUCUUUAGCUCUUUUGUCCAUACCAA